CGUAAUAUUUUCUUGUGUGAAGUCAGUUACGAACGAAUCUUAAUCGAGUCAAGUGCAACAAAAUGACUAUCGCCUAUGUGACCACAAACGAGCCACAGCGAACACAGGUGACCUAUGUGACCACAAACGAGCCAAAGCCAACACAGGUGACCUAUGUGACCACAGGACCUGCGCCUUUGCCAACACCAACCACCUAUGUUACUGUGCAAACUCGACAAGUCCGCAAGCAUAAUGCCCACACCGCCAUUGCAGGCAUUUUCUUGUUUGCAUAUGGCGGAAUGGAUAUGGCUCAGGGUCUGGGCUGGAAUUUAGUAACAGGGCUAGCCGAAACUACGGAGAUGCAGUACAGUUGGUCCCUUGGCGUCAUAAUUGGAGCUAUUGUAGCAGCCUUGUCCAUUGUCCACAUUCCCAAGUGGGUGUACUAUAGCUUAGGCGGACUCCUGCAAAUGAUUGAUGGAAUUAUAUUUGUCAGUACAGCCGAGUACAAUGCGCUUAUAGCAGCACGCUAUCUGGGCGGAGCGGGCAUUGGGCUGAUAACUGUUGCCUUCAUCAUACACAACUCGGAAAUUUCGUUACCCAACAGCCGUGGAUGGUGGUGUGCCUUGGAGCAGUACGGCUUGGCUUUGGGCAUCGCCAUCCAGGUGAUCAUUGACACACAGUGGGACGCUUCUUCAAGUAUCGAUGCCAAUUGUGCGCAUGGCAUUUUUGGCAUUGUGUUUUCUUUGGUUGCCACAGGCGCCGUGGUCGUAUCCAUCGAGUCGCCUAUCUUUUAUCUACGCAGAAAUAAUGAGGAAAAAGCGCAUACACUCCAGGCAAUGCUUCUCUCCAGCAGUAAAUCUUCUGAAGCCUGUAAAGCAGCUUUUGAGGAAGCUAAGCACUAUGUAUCCGUGGGUUCAAGCCAGAGCACUGGACAACAAUUGGCAAGCUCCGUAAUGCCCUUCAUCAAAAUGCUCUUCAGUCGCUGUCUUGUGCCCCUCACAUUUUCAUUGCCCUUGAGCGCCAGUAUGAUAACCAGCACAGUUGUUGCUGAAUUAGCCCUGAACUGGCCCAUUGUUGUAUGGGGCCUACUGCGCUGGUUUGGCACGUUCUUUUCCAUGGCUCUCCUAGACAAGGUGGGACGCAAGUUCGUCUCGCUCUUGGGGCUGGUGUGCAUGGCUGGUCUGACGCUGGGAAUGGCGGGCAUCUAUUCCGACGUGAAUAAUACGAUAAGCUGGUAUUAUAUGAGCCAGGUCUGUCGCUUGUCCAUGAGCUUCCAGUUCUUUGCCGGGCUCUUUAUUUGCUGCACGCCCACCUACUUGGGUGAGGCGUUCCCCAUGAAAGUGAAGGCUCUGCUCAUUGGCCUGAUCGUCUGCAUCGAGCAGGUGAUUCACAUAAUUGUUAUUGAGACGUUUUCAACAAGUUUAAGCUUUUACUACCCAUACUUCCUGGCUGUGGGCAUUGUCCUGAUCGUGUGCCUAAUUAUCUUUGCCGUGCUGAUGCCAGAGACACGGGGCUUGUCGCUCCGACAAGCGACCGAACGUUUCUGUCGAGUUCACGAUGUUAUGGCUCACUAAGCUGAAGCAUAAUCAAAGUAUCAAUGGAUUUGAACCCGCAUUCUCAUUCGUAUGUUGUCCCUUAAGCAACACAUCCCCCGAGUACUUCCUCAAAGAAAAUGUAACAAUACAGUAGACAAUAAAUUGUUUUAGACAUUA